ACAGAAGCCAUUUUACAUUACACAUGCCACUUUUGGUCAUUUUGAAUAAAAGUGAAUGAAAACCGGGACCAUUCAUCACAUGAGAUUUGCCAUCAUGACAACAAGUAGACCAAAGACAGCUGUGAAAAGACCACGUUAUGCCGCUGUUUACUUCCCUGAGGAACAACAGACAAGCAUCAUACCCAGUUGUAAACUUCGUGAUUGGGAGUUAGAAGAUCAACACACUGUUACUGUUGUCUGGGAUGGUGCUGAGUGUCCUGCUAAAAUUAUCAAGUUGUCGGAUGAUCGUGCUGAACUAGAAGAAGCUGAGGACAGAUUUGUCGAGCAGCAUGUUACACCGGCCAAUGAGGAAAUAUCCGACGACGAGAUUAUAGCUGCUACACCCAAUGAGGAUAUAACAAAUGCAAUUAAAGAAAGUGAGUUCAGCCAUUUAAUGAGAUCAAUUGGCAUCAAAACAAACGUAGUUAAAUUGAGUAGAUCAGAUAUUCAUCACGUUGAUAUACCACCAAUGUAUGCAAAAGAAGCCAGCCAUUUAGAAGAACCGCCAGCAUCUGUUAAAUCAUUUGAGUCGCUAUCACCUUCCAAACUGUCUAAUCCGCCAUCACCUGCCAAACCAGCUGAAACUCCAUCGCGAGGUGCGAAGGUCAACCAACGACUACAAGAGAGUGGUCUAAGUCUGAACUUAUCCGAGUUUGACAUCAGCAUGCUUAACCAACAGUUAGACUCAAGUCGAAUUGUUUCCAUUGAAAACACUGUAAGAGACAUUCAUAGUUUAUUGCUCAAAUGGCAGUGUGUUAAACCAAAUGAGGUACCCCCAUCUACCAACAAGGUUAAGACGUCACUUUCAUCUGAUAGUAAAGAGUAUGUAUCCUCUAAGACUACACUUCCGGUAAGCAGCAAUGUUCAAUCGUACUUUCCAUCUACUAGUAACGACCCAUUACCGUUGAUAUGUAACUUUCCAGUAUGUUCGAUGCCUUCAACAAUUCCAGAGUCACCACUGUAUCCAACCAUUCCAGAGUCACCGUUAAGUUCAAAUAUUACUCAAGAAGGUAUAGAAAGGUCAGAGAAAAUAGAAUCGUUUGAUAAGCUGAUGUCUAGAUCAUUUUGUGACACUAUCGGAGAUUUAGUUAGCCUUGACAACAGUACUACUAGACUGGUUUUAUCAGAAAUAGAAAAUGAUCGUCUCGACAACUCUUCAUCACCUCAGUCAAAGUCAUGGAAUGUCUUUUUAAACAAUAAUGUAUAGUGUAAUUUGAUUUUUCUGAAGGAAUGUUUCAACUAUGUACUUUACAUUUAACAUAUAAGCGUAUUA